UCCAGCCACCUGAAGCUGCCUCCCAGCAUCCCCGAUGGAUUUCAGCCGCAGAAGCGUCCACCGAAGCCUGAGCUCGUCCUCGCAGGGCCCGGCGCUCGGCAUGAGCGGCUCGGUGUACAGGAAGGGCGGCGUGCAGCGCACAGGGGGUGCGCCCAGCGUCUACGGAGGGGCCGGAGGCCAGGGCACCCGCAUCUCCAUCUCCAGGUCCACCGUGAGCUCUGGGAGCGACCUGUUGGCCGGCGAUGAGAAAAGGGCCAUGCAGAACCUAAAUGACCGGCUGGCAAGUUACCUGGAAAAAGUGCGCUCCCUGGAGCAGUCCAACCUCCAGCUGGAAGCCCACAUCAAGCAGUGGUACGAAACCAACGCGCCCAGCGCCGUCCGGGACUACAGCCGCUAUUACGCGCAAAUCAAAGAGCUGCAGGACCAGAUUAAGGAUGCUCAGAUACAAAAUGCUCGGUGCGUCCUGCAAAUUGACAAUGCCAAACUGGCUGCUGAGGACUUCAGACUGAAGUUUGAGACCGAGAGGGGGAUACGUCUCACGGUGGAGGCUGACCUCCAAGGCUUGAACAAGGUCUUUGAUGAUCUGACCCUGCACAAGACAGACUUGGAGAUUCAGAUUGAAGAACUGAAUAAAGACCUGGCUCUCCUCAAAAAAGAACAUCAGGAGGAAGUUGACGUCCUGCGCCGGCAGCUGGGCAACACUGUCAAUGUGGAGGUGGACGCUGCACCAGGUCUGAACCUCGGAGACAUCAUGAAUGAGAUGAGGCAGAAAUACGAAGUCUUGGCCCAGAAGAAUCUUCAAGAGGCCAAGGAACAGUUUGAGAGACAGAGCGAAACUCUUCAGCAACAAGUCAUGGUGAACAAUGAAGAGCUGAAAGGAACGGAGGCUCAGGUCACGGAGCUGAGACGCACCUGCCAGAGCCUGGAGAUCGAGCUGCAGUCCCAUCUUAGCAUGAAAGACUCUCUGGAGCACACCCUGGAGGACACCAAGGCCCGCUAUGCCAACCAGCUGGCCACCAUCCAGGGAGUGCUGAGCUCCCUAGAGGCCCAGCUGAUGCAGGUCCGCAGUGACAUGGAACGCCAGAACAACGAGUACAAUGCUCUCCUUGACAUAAAGACCCGGCUGGAGCAGGAGAUCGCCACUUACCGCCGCCUUCUGGAAGGAGAGGACGUGAAAUCUACACAAUAUCAGCUAAGCACUUUGGAAGAAAGAGAUAUAAAGAAAACCAGGAAGAUUAAGACAGUUGUGCAAGAAGUGGUGGACGGCAAGGUCGUGUCAUCUGAAGUCAAGGAGGUGGAAGAGAGUAUAUGAGCAAAUGCCAGGAGGACCCACUGCCGGGCUUUUGAAAGAACGUGGCUUUUGUUUUUUGCUCCCUACCUGAAAGUGGCCAUCAAAAAACACUAUUAAUGUUUGGUAGUGAUUACAAGGUUAGGGGAGGGCCUGGUUAUCAAUCUUUAUAAUUAAAUAUAAAUGUGUUACUCAGAGCUGGGGUUGGUGGUGCACUCCUUUAAUCACAGCACUCGGGAGGCAGAGGUAGGAAGAUUGGCAUGAGUUUGAGGCCACCCUGAGAAUACAUAGUGAAUUCCAGGUCAGCCUGAACUAGAGUGAAACCCUACCUCAAAAAAAAAUGAAUUUUUUUUACUCAGAAGAGCUACAAAACUGCAAUCCAACAAACACUGGGAAAUUGAAAACAGUAUUUUUGCCAUCUUUAUUGGGAAGUACAAUCGCUGCAAACCAUAAACCAUUUUGAUUAUACUAAACAUCAAAAGAGCUCAUGCGAUUUGCAAAUAAAUCUCUCUGGGUUUUCUUUCUUUCCUGUUUGAAAGGCCAAGUCUCCUUUGGAAAGCCCCUGGAUUCUCAAAGGAGCCAAUUUCCUAGUUGAUCUCAUUGGAAUUUUGACUGAUAGCAUUCUGUUACCUCUAAGCUCGAUUUGU